UCAAUUCAUUGCUCUUUUUUGAAUCCAACAACAUGCCCUGGUCCGCCGCGCUGCCCCAGGCGAUUUUCGCCCACCCCCUUGUCUCCGUGGUGACGCCCAUCACCACCGGCUCGCUCGUCGGCUAUUACACCAAUCGCAAAGGCAGGACAAAGCAAAUCUACCACUCUCUCAAGAAACCACCCUUGUAUCCACCCACCUGGCUCUUCCCAUGCGCAUGGACCGCCCUCUACGGAAUGAUGGGCUUUGCGAUCCACCACGCGACCGUCUCAGGAACCAUUGCGACAAUGGAUUCCUCGACCAUCGUACAAGACUGGGCUGCCAAGUCCCAAACGCUAUAUAUCUCGCAACUCGCGUUGAAUCACCUGUGGAUGCCCCUGUUCUUUAUGCUCCGGAAACCGGCCUGGGCACUCGCGGAUAUCUUGUUGCUGGGAGGGAACGUGGCGGCGUUGAUGCAUAUCUGGUGGAAGCAUGAUCGCGUGGCGUUUUGGUUGAUGGCGCCGUAUGCGGCGUGGUUGGGAUUCGCGACGUAUUUGAAUGCUGGGGUGGGGAUGUUGAAUCAGUGGACGAUUGGAGAAAAGAAGCGGGAGUGAUUGGUUGCUCUAAUACUAUUGGAUUUCCGUAUGGGGUGAGAUUGUUUUGAGUCUAUCCACCGAAUUUUCCUGUCACUAUUAAUGGCUACUGGUCGAACGCUCCAUCAAUAAGUCACUUCAUUCAAGGCCCUUCCCAUGUUCUUCCUAUGCUUGCCGUACCCAUCCAUGAUGUCCCAUCUACGCUAGUCAAGAACAUGGAUAAUUUCAAAUGAGUCUAUUAGGAAUGUUCGAAGGGUCGUCGAGAGCUCGAUCAUCGAUCGCUG